AUGAGACUCGUAGUCUGUUUUCUUUCUCUGCUCGCUGUUUUCGGUUCCGCAGAAUGUGGGAAUGUUUUAGUCUGGUAUACUGAGGGAAGUCACUGGAUCAAUCUGAAGAUCGUGUUGAAAACAUUGACUGACAGAGGACACAGUGUCACAGUGCUGGUGCCGGAUGACUCUCUCUUCAUGAAGGCUGAAGAAUCGGAUCGUUUCUUCUUCCAGCACUUUAACGCGUCCACAUCUGCCCAGAACAUACGAGAUUUCUUUGAUGAGUUUCUGCAUUUCUCAGUGUAUGAGACUGAUCAGUUAAACUUACUGCAGAUUCAGAUGAAACUAUACGAACUUGCUUCCAAACAUCAGGAAAUAUCCUUGUCGUACUGCGACGGUAUUCUCAAAUCUCCAGAGUUGAUGGAUAAACUGCGGAAGGAAAAGUUUGACGUUCUUCUGUCAGAUCCGAUGUAUCCGUGCAGCGAUAUUGUGGCUGAAGUCCUAAAUCUUCCCUUGGUUUAUACUUACCGAUUCUCCAUAGCUCAUGUUCUAGAGCGGAUGUGUGGUCAGAUACCAGCUCCUCCAUCAUUUGUUCCUGGAGCCAUGAGCAAACUCACGGACAAGAUGAGCUUCACAGAGCGAAUCAUCAAUAUGCUCUUCUACCUGGCUAUGGAUUCUACUUGCAUUAUUGCUUGGAAAAAGUUUGACAACUACUACACUGAAUAUUUAGGACGGCCCACUUCAUAUUGUGAGAUGAUGGGUAAAGCUGAUAUCUGGUUAAUCAGAACCUACUGGGAUUUUGAGUUUCCUCGGCCAUUCGUGCCCAACUUCAAAUAUGUUGGAGGUCUUCACUGCACCCCUGCCAAACCAUUACCAGAGGAGAUGGAGGAGUUUGUACAGAGCUCAGGGGAUGAUGGGAUUGUGGUCUUCACUCUGGGGUCUAUGAUAGACAAAAUGCCCAAAGAGAUAAGCAAUAAGAUCGCCUCCGCUCUGGCACAGAUUCCACAGAGGGUCUUGUGGAGAUAUAAUGGAGAGAAGCCAGAUACUCUUGGUGAAAACACCAGAAUCUAUAAGUGGCUCCCUCAGAAUGAUUUAUUGGGUCACCCCAAAACCAGAGCGUUCAUCACUCAUGGAGGCACUAACGGCGUAUAUGAGGCCAUAUAUCAUGGAGUUCCAAUGGUCGGGAUCCCCUUGUUUGGUGACCAGACUGAUAAUUUGGUUCAUGUGAAGGCCAGAGGGGCUGCUGUUAUCAUGGACAACAUCAAGACCACCCAGCCACAAGAUCUGGUGGAUGGACUCAAUGCCGUCAUUAAAAACUCUUCGUAUAAAGAGAACGCUAUGCGUUUGUCCAGGAUUCAUCAUGACAGACCAGUGAAGCCUUUGGAUGAGGCUGUGUUCUGGAUUGAGUUUGUUAUGCGUCAUAAAGGAGCUAAACACCUGCGUGUCGAGGCCCACAAUCUUACCUGGUACCAGUACCACUGUCUGGAUGUGUUCGCUUUUCUCAUCACUGUCCUGACUGUAGUCCUCUACGUCUUCUUUAAAACGUGCAAAGUCUUCAUAAUGCGCUGCUGUUUUAGAUCAAAGAGGAAAAGCAAACAGGAGUGACUGAUUUUAACUGAUACAAAAAUGUAUUGUUUUAUAGACCCGUACAUCUUGUGCACACUAGAUUGUUCACAAAUGUUAAAAUCAUUUGCUUUUAAGUAGUUUGCUAGUUCCUCACCAAGUUGUUCCAAGUUUUGCUCUGAGAAAAUGUGCGGCAGAUCAAAGGGAUCUAUUUGACUCCAAGACACUGGAUGUUCUCUUUAACAAUUUCUACGGUGAUGAUUGUCUUAUUUCGGUUCCCUCUGAAUCAUAUGCUGUGCAGUUAUACAAGGAUUUGAUUAGUAUAUGUGCAAAUGGAGGAUUCAGAUUGACAAAAUGGAUGAGUAACAAUCGUGUUGUAUUGACCGCUAUACCAAAGAGAGAAAGAGAAACCAAGGUAAGGGAUCUUGAUUUUGAUCAUGAUUCUCUACCAUUGAAAAGAGCUUUGGGAGUGCAAUGGUGUGCUGAAUCAGAUGCCUUUCAGUUCAAAGUUGUAGUUAAAGAUUGACCUUUUACAAGGAGAGGAAUUCUCUCAGUGUUCUCUCCGGUCACCUGUAAUUUUGUCUGCAAAAAGGAUAUUGCAAGAUGUCUGCAGAGAAGGAAUAGGUUGGAAUAAUGUUAUUCCUCCUGUAUAUGUUCAGCGUUGGAUGAACUGGAUAGAGGAUCUUCAUAGUUCGAAAAAUUUUAGAUGUAUGAAACCUGAUGGGUUUGGAGAAGUAAGGUCUGCUCAAUUGCAUAAUUUUUCAGAUGCUAGUGAGCAAGGGUAUGGAGUGGUAUCCUAUUUGCUGCUUCAUAAUAGCCAACUAAAGGCACCUUCUACUCUUCUGGAAAGCAAAGCAAGAGUUAUGCCACUAAAAUCCAAUAACAAUCCCUCGUUUGGAAUUUACAGCUGCUUUUUUGGCUAGCCAUAUUGACAAGAUCUGGAGAAAAGAACUCGAGAUGCCCUUUCAGGAUUCAGUAUUUUACAAGUAAUCCAGCAGAUCUGGUUUUGAGAGGAGUGAAUGUGGAUGCAUUCUUGAAAAAUGAGUUGUGGAUUUCUGGCCCCCCCAUUCCUUGUUCAUCCAGCAGAAGAGUGGCCAAAAGAUCUGACAAAUGGAGACUUGAUAUUAUCUCAUGAUCCAGAAACCAAAAGGAGUGUUCUGGUAAACAUGGUUGAAGUCAAUGAAGAGUCUGACUCUGUAUAACAUCUCAAGACAAGACAAAAAGGGCCUUGUACAGCAAGUUAAAAUCAAAACAAUAAGAACCUGCUUGACCAGGCUAGUUACCAAAAUUUACCUUCUUCUUGACGCUGAGGAAUCUACCGGCAAAUUUUGGCAGUUAUCUUUGAAAGCUCUCAUCUGACUUAUUUUGAUUUUGACUUAGACUUUAUUGCAUACUGAUGAUCAACUUUGACUCAGCUACAAGGAUGAACUAUAUGAACAUUUGAACAUUUACACCUGUGUACAUAAAAGCAUACACAAAUUACAUUUCUUAAAAUUGAUGUAGAUGAAAAGGGUAAACUGUACAACAAUGAAUUAUGAGAUGUUUAUUGAUAAUUUUGGUGAUUAUUACAGGUUAAUGUGUAAUAAAUGGGCUGGAAUGUAA